AUGGGGUUCUUGUCACCCCUCAUAUACGCCAAAGCAUCUUGGCCCAUGCCAACGAGAGGCAGCUUUAAUAUUGAAGACUUCAACUUUGACUCCGGGGAGAGAAUCGACUCCCUUAACAUCAGCUAUCAGACCAUCGGCGAGCUCAAAGUCAAUCCAGACGGAUCCAACAACGCAGUCGUUCUCCUCCAUGGCACUACAGGUUCCAGCGCCCAGUUCCUCGUCGAAGAGUUCGCUGGUGCCCUUUUCAACCCAGGCCAGCCUUUAGAUGCCAACGAGUACUUCAUCAUCAUGCGCGAUGCCAUCGGCCAUGGAAACUCAAGCAAGCCCAGCAAUACUGGCCUUCGCGCCUCUUUUCCGAAGUACCAGUAUCCCGACAUGAUCCGUGCGGACCAUCUUCUCAUGACUGAGCACUUCAAACUCAACCACACCCGUUUGACGCUUGGUGUCUCCAUGGGCGGCAUGCACACUUGGAUGAUGGGCGAAGAGUAUCCCGGCUUUUCGGAUGCCUUGAUGCCUAUUUCUUCCUCUCCAGUUGAGAUAGCUGGCCAUAACCGCCUGUUUCGAAAGUUCAUCACUGAGCUUAUCACCAUUGAUCCAGCCUGGAAAGGCGGGGACUAUGAGAAGCAACCAGCUGCUGGCCUUGGUGGUGCACUAAUGAUCCAGCUUGUGCUUCUUUCGUCACCUUCAUACUGGCAGCGAGCAUUCCCGACUCGUGAAGCCGUCGAUAAGUACGUCGACGAGCAUAUCAUCCCUCGCCUUGAAGAUUUUGAUGCCAAUGAUCAACUCUAUGCUUGGAACGCAUCUCAAACCUACAAUCCGAAAGCAGGUCUCAAGAAAAUCAGAGUUCCUUUGACUGCAGUCAAUACUGCCGAUGACUUACUGAACCCAAUUGAACUUGCGUUGUUGGAAGAUGGCGUUGUCAACGACAUGACACCUGGGUAUGGCCGUGCAGUCACCGUUCCUGCAAGCCAUGAGGCCACAGGACACGAUAACUACAUCAUGGCUGAUCUUUGGAAGAGUGAACUCGAGAAGCUUUUGGCUCGGUCGAGUGCGUAG